AUGGCGAUAUCUCCUCUUAGUGCACCGCUUCGAACCGCAAGGUUAAUGGCGAUUGGCGAACAAUGCGAAACUGUCAAAUUGCGUGUGCAAAACAUCGAUGACCUUUUCAAGGAUUCACCGAGAGAUACACAGAAUCGAGGAUUUUGCCCAAGGUUCCCGGGUCGGUUUUGUUCUUGUCGGUCAGUGGCUGUCGUUCACCUGAAAGGCACAAGUGAAAAAGGGUGUAGCACUGCUCUUUACGUUCUCAGCGCGGGGCAGAUGGUUUUUCAUUACAAGUUAACGGAGAAAGCUACUUCUCUUCUAUGUGCUCCCAAGUCGCCGUCAUCGCCGUUCGAUGGCUUACUUGAACAACUUAACCAUGCGGUGGAUAAAAUUCAUGAAAUAGAACAGGUUAAGUCCGCGAAAUCCAUGAUACUCCGCCUGAACCUAGAUGAUGGUCCAGGGAUACACAACUUAUCUGCUAUGGGCUCCGCAACCUACAUGCUAAUCAUAAGGACCACCGAUUUUCAGCGGAUUACUCACAGUAUCAAACCGACCGUUGUGAUAGUGAACAAUGUAGCUUCAUGUAACCAGUUGAUUGUCACUGUGGAUGUUAAACGUGUGCGUAUUCAAGGUUCUAGUUCCUGCAUCUAUAAAACGAUGAGAGCCUCCCUCAGAUAG